GUUGUCCUAUUAGAUAUAUUUAUAAUUUAGUGAAAAGGAAAAAAAGAAAAAGAAGCAACACCUAGGCCUCUCUUGUCGUCUUCCUUCCUUCGUUGUUGAUUCGUUGUUUCCCUGCAGACUUAAUGCUGUUCGGUCUGUGGUUUUCAAUCAUCGUCCUUCUCAGCCUCGUCACUGUUGGUUCAUCCUCUAUCAUCGCUGCUUCAGAUCUCCUUAUCGUCCUGUAGGCAGGCAUUAUGUACCAGAUCCUGACAUUGAAUCACUGAAGAGUUUCAGAGCUUACCGAGAUACACAACAUCCUGGGAUCUUCAUCUUGUUCUUCAUCAACCCAAAACUCAUAAUGGUUGUUCUCUCUGAACUCCUCUCAGAAGGAUCUUCAUCUUCUUCAUCAACUAGUGGUUAUAGUCCAUCAACUCAUGGUCAUAGUUCAUUAACUGAUGCUUAUAGAUAUGAUGUAUUUUUAAGUUUCAGAGGUCUUGACACUCGUCAUAGUUUCACUAAUCACCUUCAUAAGGCUCUAAUUGAUGCCGACAUCAAUACCUUCUUGGAUGAUGAGGAAGAGAUUGAAACAGGAGAAGAUCUUAAACCGGAACUGGAGAGUGCAAUUAAGGCAUCUCGAGCUUCUAUUAUCGUGUUGUCUAAGAAUUACGCUUCUUCAACAUGGUGCCUAGAUGAAUUGGUGCUGAUCCUUGAGCAGCGUAUCACAUCCAACCAUAUUGUCAUCCCUAUCUUUUAUCAGGUGGAGCCCACCCAUGUCAGGAAGCAACAAAGCAGCUUCGGAGAUGCAAUGGCUAAGCAUAAACAGACAAUGGAGGAAGAGACAAUUGAAUAUAAGAGAAGUCGAUGGGCUCAAAAGAUAGUCCAAUGGAAUAAAGCACUUAUAGAAGUUUCUAAUUUAAAAGGAAAGGACGUAAAUGGAAGGCUAGAGACAAAGUUCAUUGAAGAAAUCGUGAAGGACAUACACCGUAGAUUACAUGUACCCUUAAGGAUUGCUCAACCAUUACUUAUUGGGAUGGAAUAUCAUAUUCACUUUGUUACUUCAUGGUUGAAAGAUGGGUCCUCACAUACUGCAGACAUACUAACUACACUGGGUAUGGGUGGGAUCGGGAAGACAUCUUUAGCCAAACAUGUCUACGGGUUAUAUUCUCAUGAAUUCCACAUAAGUAGCUUUAUUGAAGAUAUCACAAGGAAAUGUGAUGGAAAGUUUAAUGGGUUGCUUGAUUUACAAGAACAACUUUGCAACGACAUUUCAAAAACAAGUUCAAUUAGAUUUCAUGAUGUGGCUACAUACACCACAAAGAUAGAGAAUGCACUAGCCCGUAAAAGGGUCUUUCUAGUCCUUGAUGAUAUCACUACUCUUGAUCAGUUGGACGCAUUACUUGGAAGCAAAGGUUUUCAUCCUGGAAGCAAAAUUAUAAUAACAACAAGGAACAGAUGGUUGACCGAGAGUUGUGCACUAUUCAAAACAAACAAUAAACCCAAGCAUGAAAGGCAUUUGCUUCUUGGCUUAGAUGAGAUCCAAUCACUACAACUUUUGAGUUUUCAUGCUUUCAUGUGCAACUAUCCCAAGGAAGGUUAUGAACAGGUGUCAUAUAAGCUUGUGAAAUAUUGUCAAGGAAAUUCAUUGGCUCUUGUAGUUUUGGGCAAGUCUCUAUAUAAUCGAGAUGUAGCUUACUGGGAAGGGUUCAUGGAAGGGCUAGAUAAAGAAACAAGUUCCAAUAUAAAUAAUGUCUUGAGAAUGAGCUUUGAUUCUUUGCCAUCCAACAAUGAUAAGGAGUUGUUUAAGCAUAUUGCUUGUUUUUUUGUCGGAAUAGAUAGAGAUGUUAGUGAAACAAUAUUAAAGGCAUGUAAUAUAAUCACAAGAUCUGGAAUCACGAAUCUCAUUGAGAGAUAUCUUCUUAGUAUAGGAUCGAAUAAUGAAUUGAAGAUGCAUCAAUUGGUUCAAGAGAUGGGAAGAUUCGAAGUACAUCAAGAAUCAAUUGACAAGCCAUGGAAGCGAAGUCGAAUAUGGUGUCAUAAGGAGUCAUUCAGAGUGUUGAAACAAAAAAAGGGUAAGAGAAAUGUUCUAGGCCUUUCCCUUGACAUGCGCAUGCUUGAGAAAGAGAAUAAUACACAACAACUUGAGAAGAGGCAAAAGUUGGAUGGAACUCUUGGUGACUUUGACCAACUCCCUGCACUUGAGAGGUUAAUAGUUAGAAAUUGCAUUGGUUUGGUUGAGACUUCCUUAACAAAGGGUGCGUGGGACCUAAUCCUUGGGAAUCUAAAAUCCAGUCUAUGUUUUAUGAAUUUGGAAUAUUCAGCACAAAGACAAUACAUCCUAAACAACAUGCGGUUUUUUGAGUCUGCCAUUAUGUUGUUUCCGUAUCAUGGUAAAUUAAUUCCAGAUGGCCCCAGAUAUCAAGGACAAAAGGAAAUGUCCUGGUUUAGAGCUUUUUCUCAAAGGAAUCCUGGCAUAAUUGGGAGCACACGUGUGGGUAAAGGAGAAUCUUCAAGGUCUUAUCCUUCACUGUGAAAUUGCUUGAGAAAGAGAGGCUGGAUGUAACCGAACUACUCUAAAUCAAUCACUUGAAACUCCACGAGUUAUAUCCUAAUUUUCUAGAAGAUUGUUUGCUCCUUGUAGACUUUGGUACCCAUUUAUGUUUUGAUUUCUGUAUUCUUUUUUUUAGUCUUUAAUUGCGAAAGACAAGUGAAAACAAUAUGAAUUGUUUUUUAUUUUAGUUAACACACAUGUAAGGAAUAUGAUGUAAGUCGGCAUGUUGUUUUGAUUACUUUAUAUAUUCGAUAUUUUGGUGAUUUGGUU